CGCUAGACGAAGGCUCCCGGCCUGACUGCCGGCAGCUGGCGGCUCUUGGGCCAGGCUGCAGUUCGCCACUUUCUGUUCUUCUUCCUCCAUUGCUAAAGUUUCCUCCUCCUUGCCCCGUCCCCGUGCCGCACCAAUCGCCUCUCCUCUGCAGGUUAAAUCGGGCAGAAGUUCUUGCCCGGCGGCCGGACGCAUAUCCCCCGAUCCCCGCUUGGCUCCGCGCUCUUCCUUUCCCACCUUCCCCUGCCGGAACGUGAUUGGGUUCCCGCUCCACACACGCUCUACUCUCCAAGUUCUGUGGCAAAAGCGAUUGCCCCGGCGUCCCGCCUGUAGUAAUGGGAAACACUUGUGAGCCGAGCGGAGCCGUCGGCCAGGGGAAUUGAGGGCGCGAUCCCAGCACCACUUGUGUAGGAGGAGAUCGGGGCAAAAGUGGAAAAGUGUUGAAAAUGAGCCCAUGAGCACAAGUCAGAAAAAGGAAAAUGUACUUUCAUCAGAAGCAGUAAAGAUUCGCCAAAGUGAGGACAAAAGGAACCAUGCUGAGAAGUCAGUCACUCCUCCAGUGCAGGAAGAUCCCAAAAAGGCAUAUGAUGUUUCCAGUUCCACUGCAGAUACCAAAAUAGGAGAAAGUGACAGACAGCCAAGAGAAAGCUUUUUUCAGUUUCUUGGUAACUUAUUCAAUAUUUCGGGAAAAUCAUCUCUAGGUGAAGCUAAGCAGUCUUCUUUCAGAGAUGACCAUGAUAAAGCUGAGAAAGAUUUACAGAAUCCCAGUGACCAUCAUGAAGAAGGGAUCAAAAGGGAGAGAGAGAUUUUCAGUGGCUCCCUAAGAACCCAGACACAUCCAACAGAAGAACAGGACUCCAACUCAUCCGAACUCUCAGAUGCUUUUUCUUUGGAUACAACACAAGACAGUGAACAAGAAGCCACUAAUUUGCUAAAACAAAUCGAUGGUAAACCAGAGGAGCCUUCAGUAACAUAUGCAACAUACCGAGGCCCAAGUCACAUUAGGAAAUAUUUAAAGCAACAGAGGGGCUUGGCAACUGUGAAUACCUUGGACAGAGAAAAUGAAAGUUCUGACUCUAGUAUAAACAGACACAUUGACCCUGGAAGUGAGAUUGAAGCUGGGAUACUGCCACUGUUGUUAUCAGCUAGUACAGACUCACCUAUGAAAGGAAAUCUACUUGAAGGCCCAUUAGAAGACUCUGAUUGUAGCAAAACAAGUCUCAACACAGAAAGUUCUUUGACAAAUAACCCAGAACUGCAGAAUAUUGCCUCUUCCAAUAAUCUUUUAAAUAAAAAUGCUUGGGAGGGUAUUGAGAGAAAUAGGUCAUCCCCUUCUUCUGUGACGAACUCCAGCUACGAUGGAGAAUCUGACUCACAGCACCAUUUAAGUUGUGAACCAGUUUCUCAGACUGACAGAAAUUUGGUAUGUUCAGCAUUGUUCACAGGAAGUAGCAGUAGCAAUGUCACUUGCAGCCCAGAUUUUCAGAGAGUAACUACAACAGAAAAUACGAUAAAAGAAAACAACACUGUGAUGAGUAAUGGGACAUUGGUGCAAAGAGAGGAGCUUGUUGAGCCUCAGGGCCCUGCUAUUUCUAAUUUCUCUUGUACCAAAUCUGAUGGGAGUGACACUACUGAACAGGAAAGUACAAAUUUGCCAAGUCCAAAUAAAUCAAUUAGGCAUGAAGAUCUGCAGUUGCCAGAGAGUGAGUGUUCUGACAAGCAAACCAUGGAUAACUCAUCAAAGCAAGCUGCCACUCACACCAGUGUCGUUGCUCUUCAGAGACAUGCUGUGACAAACACAGAACUUGUAAAUGAAGGAAAGAGAUUGUCUGCCCAAGACUCACAGAAAAAUGUGGUUGUUAGAGAAAUCAGGCAAGAAACAGAAAGUGCCUCAGCUGGUGAAUCCAUAGCUUCAAGUCAUGUAAAAGCUCCAGAAGAUAAAAUUGAGUCAUCACCCAAAGAUACUGACCAAUACUUUGAAACCAAAGCCAAAAAGCUUGAUUUUAGGUCCCAUGAUAAAAUUCCUCAUAUUAGAAUGAAUAGAAAAGACCUGACCUCCUUAAAUUACAUCAGUGAAUCAGCAGUUGUAGCAUGCUUAGUAAAUAAAAAUGCACCUGAGUUGAAAUUUGAACUUAAUAGAAGUCACAUUUCAGAAACUCCUCUUGACUCUGAGAGUCCUCAACAAACUAAAGUAUCACCUGAUGCUAAAACAUGUCUUAGCCUUGACUGUAAAAAACUAAAUUUCAAUAUUUCACCUCCUACCUUUGUUUCUGGAGUUGGGAUGCUGAGCAAGUUGGAUAUUCCUGAUUUAAUGAAUGAGGGUUCUCCUGUGCCCAUUGAAACUGGGAAUGUCAACCCUGUUGGUAUUUCCUGUCAGCCUAGUAAGUGUAAAGAAGAAAAUGUGAAAAACCAUGUUGAGGCUGCAGGCAGGAAGAGUCCUCCUCUUUCCUUUUGCCUUGAAUAUACAUCUGCAAUUUUUGAAUCCAAGGAAGUUCUUUCUAAUAGUGAAAAAUGCCAGGUUCUUCCAGGUUCUGAAGCCAGUGGCCCUCACUUAACUGGGAUGGAGCUAUUGAGCUUUGACUCUGGAAACCUCUCUAAGGAUUGCAGUUCCAUUUUAUCUCAAGACCCUAAUAGAGUAGAGUUAAUGUCUUCAAACACUAAAGCAAAUAUGAGCAUAAUAGAGAAGUCUGAUUCUCUUUCCUUGGAAGCCAAAACUGCUAACAUUGUAUCAAAAGCUGAAAUUGAUGGUCAGAACAAUGUUCCUGUGGAGUCAUAUUCUGGAAGAGGAAAAACUAUAUCCUUGUCCAAGGUAUCUUUUUCACAAGCGGAGCCCAGAGACAUUUCUCAGGAUAAAAUGUCUUCUUUUCCAUUGAAAAUUACCCAUGUUCCAGAAAAGCCUAUUUUAUCAGAAUUAACAUUUCUAGAAGUUGAACAGGACAAAAAUUUUCAAUCAAUUAAUCAUAAUGAGAUUGGAGAGAAAUGUUCAGAUGCUGGCCUUAAAGAGAAUUGCCAAGCUGAGCUUUCUCCUGCUACCUCCAAAUAUGAAGAUAUACCAGAAACAGAGGUAGAUGCCUUAGGCUCUCCUCCUGCUCUUCUUAAAAGUAUUAUAUCUGGGAUUUUACCACCUAUUCGUGAUGAGAAAGUCAGUAGGCAAAUGGCACAGAAUUGUGAAGCUAACACUUACAUGAUUCAUCAAUCUUUGGAUAUUUGUGGGACUAAAAAGAUUUCUGGUCACUCAGAAAUGGCAGAACUCAGCUUAACUAAUAUUUUCCAUAAAUUCCAAGAAACUGGCAGCUCAAAAGUAAAUUCACCUUUUCUAGAUUCUGAUUCCAGUUUGGGAAAAAAUGUUUCUGCAUCUGAGGACUCAAGCUUCCUUAAUGUACCUUCUGUGCUGAGAUCAGAAAAGAAAUCCUCAUCUUACAGAAAGAAAGAGAACAUCCAUUUUUUAAAUGGUGGUAUUGAUAGUGUGUCAUCUUCCUCUAGUUACCCUGAAGAAGUUAACGUGAUAACAAAUUCACAUAAGCCCCAAAAUAAUUUGGAUUCUAUACAAGUUACCAAAGAUCUCACACAUGAAGGUACCUCCGUAACUAACCCGUUGUACCCUAACACCUCUUAUUUGGAAUUUGAAACGUCUAUCUCAAUUGGGACAGAAGUAACCCCAUUUCAGGAACAUUUUGGGAAGAUAUCCACUGAUUUCCCAACCACUGCCCGAUUUGACAAUCCCGUGGAAGCAGAGACUGGAGCAGUUGCUGGGCCUGCAGUGUCAGUUAACAGCUCAGGCCAACAGUGUUCUGAAGCCUCUGCUGAGCACAAAGAAGCCAGGGGAAGAGCACAUGACCAACUUUUGGACCUCGAAAGUAGUUUACUCAAAAAGGCCGACACAUUGAUUGGUGAGAUUUUUAAUUCUGUCAGGGAAGAACUAAAAUUCAAACACACAGUGAGUACCUGCCAGGAGCACAUAGCCAUAGAAGGCAUAAUGAAUCGGGGUACCCUGAAAGAAGAUGUCUCUGAGAAAAACCCAUCAGAAGUGACACUAACAGAGAUCCAACAGACAGAGGGUUUGGAAGAGCAGGGCAUGGAAAACAUGUCAGAAGUCGAAGAGAAGCCCUGUGAUUCACCAGCAGUUGGUGAGAAGAGUCUUCUUGUUGAUCCUGAUAGUAUGAAUGUAUCUUGUUUGUUAGAAGAUAAAGCUAGGGAAUUAGUCAGUGAGAUUAUUUAUGUAGCCCAAGAAAAAUUGAGAAAUGAUGCUUUUGAAGAUACUGAGGAUACUUGGGAUUCUGAACUUCAGGCAGAUCCUUCAAAAAUUCUGAACAGUGAUAGUGUUAAGCCACAUGAUGUAGUUAGAGAGUUCUUGGUAUCAGAACAGCCAGUAAAUCAAAGCACACAAAUUAGUGAAAAUAAAAUAUUAAGUAAAUUCUUCUCUGUAAGUAACUUAGCUAGUGGCACAGAGUCAAUUAAGGGAAGAGAAAUUGUUCUCUACCAAAAAUCCCCAUUUUCUGGAAAUGGAUCUGGACUGUCUGAUAGUAUAAAUUUGCAGGAAUCAGAUACGGUUUUACUAGCUGAAGACAUGUCACGUAAACGGUCAGAUGAUAGGGUAAAAACACAUUUAUUUUGCAGUGAGGACUGUAAUGAGACAAUGGAAAUAGAGAAUGUGGAUAAUAACAAAACUGAGACAGAGGAUAGAAGAACUCUUGUAUUAAAUUUCAAAUGGCCUCCACUUGUGAAUGAUGACAUCCAUGCACCUGGUACAUCUAAAAGCAGUUUGUCUGAUAGCCUUGUAUGUAUAUCUGAAAAAAACUUGCCAGGACACAGUAAAAACACACCUCUUGCAAUGUCAGAAGUAGGGAAAGUACACAAGAAGGAUAAUGAAAUAAAUAUAGGGAAAAUUGAGCUUAUACCUUCCAUGUUAGAAACGGAGAAAACAAACAAAAAGGAUGCUGAAUUGAAUAUUCUGAAAUAUGAGGCAGUCCCUCCUAUGUUAGAAAUGGGAAGAGUACAUAAAAUGGAUGCUGAAAUGAAUGUCAAGAAAACUGAACCAAAAGCUAAUGUUUUUAAAAUGGGAGAAGUAUACCAAAUGGAUGCUGAGAGCUGUAUUGAAAAAACUGAGGGAUCACCUGUCAUUUUAGGAAUGGAAAAAGCUUAUAAGAUGAAGGAUACCGAAGGGGAUGUUGGCAAAAUUGAGGUGAUACCUAUUAUGCCAGAAGUUAAAAAUGUCCACCAAAAGGAUGCUGAAGGGUAUAUUGUAAAGACUGAGAUGGCACCUGUUACAAUUCACAUGGAAAAUAUUUACCAAACGCAUGCUGAAGGGGAUAUUGGCAAGACUGGGGCAAUACCCUUGUCAGAAUUGGAAAAUAUCUACCGAAAAGAUGGUGAAGGGAUUAGUGAAAAGGCUAAAGUAAUACCCAUUACAUUAGCAAUGGAAAAUGCUUACCAAAAGGAUGCUGAAGGGGAUAUUGCAAAGGCUGAAGUGAUGCCUGUGAGGUUAGAAAUGGAAAAUACUUACCCAAAGGAUACUGAAAGAGAUAGUGGCAAAACUGAGGUGAUGCCCAUUGCAUUAGAGGUAGUAAAUACUUACCAAAGAAAUGCCGAGGGGUUUACUGGGAACACUGAGGGAUCUAUGUUGAAAAUGGAAGCUACUUACCAAAAGACUGCUGAAGAGGUCAUUAAGAAUACUGAAAUAGUACCGUGUGUGUUAAAAGUGAAGGAAGCACACGAGGCAGCACCUGCCCCCUUAGAAAUAGAAAAAGCAUACAAGAGAGAUGUUAAAGACACUAUUGGAGCAACUGUGUCCUUACCCUCUGUGAUAGAAAUGGAAAAAAUAUCCCCAGAAGAUUGUGGUGAGAAUAUUGGGAAACACAAAGUGUUACCCACAGUGGUAGACAUUGAGAAAAUACAUGGAACAGGACUGGGAUUGACCAUUACACAAGUGGAGGCCAUGCCUCCUGCAUUUGAAAGUAAAACACUACAAGAGUAUGCUGAAGGGAGUGUGGGAGAAACAAAGGAAGAACCUACUGAAAUAAAGGAAGGCUUGAUAGCACAUGAGAAUAGACUUGCUACACAUUUCAGGGGUUAUGAAUCCCCUACAUUAAGUAAGGAUUAUGAGGGCUACCCAGCCCCAGCAAUGCCAGAUUUUCAACCUGGAGAUACCAUAGUAAGACUAGACAAAAGAAUGUCUCUUACUGCAAUACAUGACAAGAGGAGAGAGACAGAUUAUAGUGGCAAAAAGGGAUAUAAUUUAGCUUUUGUUUCUCAAGAUGAACAAGAAAAUUCUUCCUUUACUAUAUUAUAUGAAGAACCCCUUCAAGAAGAGGACAAGUAUGCUUCCACGGAAGCAAGCCAAACACGGUCUGUCUUGUUUCCUGAUACGUCCCCUGACAGCAUGCCUGUUCUGGCAUGUGAAAGGUCUGAGAGUAGAACUGACCUUGUCCAUCACUUUGAAAAAGGUACUAAAUUAGGUGAGACGUUUGAUAGUGAUAGUUCAGAAAUGUUCUUAUCAGUGGAGGCCAAAAGGUACAAAAUUUAUCCUUUAGCGUUGUCUCCCAUUUAUGAGGAUGACAGCUCACAGGAGGACAUUCUAUCCAGUGAGGUUUCACCUGGUCACCAUGGCCCCAGGAAAUCAAGAGACAGUGAAAACCAGCCCUCUUCUGUUUUAUCCCUUCUCCAGUCAGUGUCAGAGCGUUUAAAGAUGAAUUUUGACGAAGAUGACAGAGAGGCAGCUGAGGAGGAAGAGGAGGAGGAGGCAGCAGUAUUGCAUAAAGAUCUGAGAGCUGGAAGUGGGGAGCAUGUUACCUUCCAGUUGCCAGAUCCUUCUAUCACAUUUUACCCUGAUGACCAGGAAAGCAUUGGAAUUUCUAAGAAUUCAUAUGUGAUGCCAAGUGAACCUACUACCUCCAAUCUGCAAGUUGGUCUGUGGCCAGAAAAGACCUCAUUUCUCCAGAAAUCUGACCUUACUUCUAAACUACAUUCUUCUUUAAAGAGUGCUUAUCAUCAGUAUCUGCAGACUUCCCAAAGUCAUUCCUCAGAAAAAGGAGCCAGAUUUGGUGGAAUUCUUCAGGAACCAGUGUCCAAGUAUUUCCGUGUUCAAGACAACCCAGGCAGAUUGAGCCCAUUUAUAGAGAAUGUUGACAAAGAAACUCUGAGAUAUAACCCAAGACCUGGGAAGAUGGUUAUCUAUGAUCUCCAUGAAAGUAAAUAUAAACAAGAAGUCUACUGUAAUAUUCCUGAUGCUACAUCAUGGUCUUUUCCAAAUGGAGUUCUAAUAAAAGUUGUAAGGGGCUGCUGGAUUUUAUAUGAGAAACCACAUUUCCGAGGUCAGAAAUGUGUGCUGGAAGAAGGGGAAAAGGUGUUAAAUCGUGACUGGAUUCUUCAGAACAGAAGGCAUCCACAAAGAAACUUUGUAUUGGGUUCUAUCAAACGUGUCUUAAAGGACUGCAGCAUUCCAGAGAUAGAGCUUUUCCCACAAUCUGACCCAGCCUGUUGUCCUGUCUACAUACAGAGAGCAGUCCCCAACUUGGAAGAACUGAAUAUCUCCAAAUCUAUGUCCUUCACUGUGAAGUCAGGAGUUUGGCUUGCCUACCCAGAUAUUAAUUUUAAGGGACAAGCUACAGUUCUGGAGGAAGACCAUGGGCUCUUCGAGAUUUCUACAGCAGAAAUGAAAUCAUUACAUCCGCUUCAAAUGGGUGGACUGAAAGUGGAAAUGCCCAUGAACUUAAAGGUUAUUAUUUAUGAAAAACCUCACUUCCAUGGACAGGCUAAAGAGUUUAGUGAGCAUAUAGAUUCUGUUCCUAACUUUUUGAAAAAUGAUGGAGAUUUUCACAGAAUUGGAUCAAUUCGUGUCAUUGGUGGAGUGUGGGUUGCCUAUGAAAAAGAACAUUUUAAAGGCCAGCAGUUUCUGCUUGAAGAAGGAGACUUUGAAGACAGUAAUGCUUGUGGUGCAUUAAGUGGCCCUAUCUUGUCUUUCCGGUACUUACAAGCUAAUUUUAUAGAAUCUUCUGUCACACUGUUUGAAUCUGACCUAGAAAGUGGGAAGUUUAUUGACAUUACAAAUCAGGAAAUUUCUGAUUUGGAAGAAAUUGGCUUUGGCAGUAAAACAAGAUCCAUUCAUGUUAAAAGUGGAGUAUGGGUUGCCUACCAGCAAAAGUUCUUCUGUGGAGAACAGUACAUUUUAGAAAAAGGGAAAUACAAAUGCUUUUUUGACUGGGGAGGAUCAAGUAAUAUAAUCAUGUCGAUACGACCAAUCCAACUGGAACCACUUGGGAUAAAUGAACCUCCGCAUUUGCUCAAAGUAUUCAGUAAACCAGGGUUCCAAGGUGAAUGUAUAGAUUUUACAGAAGAAACUUCUGAUUUGACUUCACUCAUACCAUGUUCUUUUAAAGUUCUUCGAGGUUGCUGGCUCCUCUAUUACCAAGAAGACGUGUUUGUUAAUCACUGUGUGCUAGAAGAAGGCCUCUAUGCUGACCUUACUUCCUGCGGUUGCCCAGCAUCUAAAGUCAAAUCUCUCAAGCCCAUUGACUAUGUUUUUGAAGAACCCUCCAUCAGCCUUUUUGCUCUGGAGCAUUGUGAGGGAAGAGAGUUACAUCUAGAAGAGGCUGUGAACUCUGUUCUGAACAAGGACCUGCACUUCUACACCCAGUCUGUGUGGGUAAAAAGUGGACUAUGGAUAGCUUAUGAAGGAUCCAAUUUCUUGGGAAGACAAAUCCUACUCAGGCCUAAUGAGAUCCCAAACUGGACAGCAUUCAGCAGAUGGAAGACAAUUGGUUCCCUCCGUCCUAUGAAGCAGCCUGCAGUGUACAUCAGAAUAAAGAACCGUGCCCAGGAUGAAUAUCUGACAGUCACUGGAAAUCUAGCAGACACCAGGGCAACAUCUGUGUGCAUUUCUCCCUAUAGUGGAAAGGAUACUCAGAUCUGGCACUACUGCCGAGGACUCUUUAAAUCCAAGGCCAGUGAUACAUGUCUUGAUGUGAUUGGUGGCCGGGACACACCUGGAGCUAAAGUAGCUCUAUGGACUGAACAUGGGCAAUUCAGGCAGAAGUGGAGACUGAAUCAAAAUGGAACUAUCAGCUCUUAUCUCAGUGAUCAACUUGUCCUCGAUGUUAAAGGAGGAAAUUAUUGUGACAAGACUCAUGUAAUUGUAAAUCAGCCCCUGGAGGGAGAAGAAACACAGAAAUGGGACAUUGAAAUAUUAUGAGAGAAUCAACAUCCCUAGAAAGAGUGAAGAAGGAAACUCACAUCUGUCAUUGUCUCGUGGACAUGGAAAGGAAACUACUAUCCUCACACUCCUGGAUCACUGAGCAGAAUGAACAUUCUCUCCAACCUCUGAAACUAUCGCUCUUACCCACGGAAAAGCUCAAAAUAUUCUUGCCAUUACUCAGUGUUCCUAUAAAGAAAAUAUUAUGAUGUCUGGCAAAGGUUCUAUUCCUGAUCUCCAGCUGUGGUGAGCAAGUUUCCUGAAGUGUUUAUUUUCUCUCCUAUCCACCAAACAUGAAUCCUAUUCCUGAUGGCCUGUUAUUGGACACUGGUGAUGCUGUUAUCCUGUAGUAUUUAUUAAUAUCCUACCUAGAUGCUUGUAUGAGUACAAAGCAUAAGGAAACGGAUUCCUAUAGGUCAAGUCAUACUUUUGCAAACAGAUGAGUAAUUUUUUAGCAACAUCUGAAAAUAUAUAUUAAACUUUCCUAGAUAAACUUUAAGGUUUCUAUACUGAGACUGUUAUAACACACCUCAUAAGUAUUUAUUUUUACUUGUAACUAACCCCAGGCAGGGACGUCAGCUUUGUUAGGAAUAAGGCACAAGUAGUAAAGUAUUUUCUGUAGCUAUUGUUUCCUCAGUCCUUCAAACUAGAACAGUACAAAUAACCUAUCCCCAAACUUGCACUCUUACAUGUUAACCAAGACAUCCCUUUAGGUGACAAGACUCUACAACAGUGGUUACCUGUCUCCAUGCUGACACUUCAUCCUAGAUUUAAGGAGAGGCAUUAAUUUUUUAUUUUUAUUUUUUGCCUCAAGUGAAGAGAAAUUUCAAAACAAAGUAGCAUUUGAACCUUGACCUUACCAUCUUUUUAAAUAAAUGUGGAGUUGAUUUCUCUACUAAAUAAUACAAGCCUUACUUCUUCACUCCCAUGGUAAGUAACUUUUAUUUAAGUAAACUCAGGCAGGAAAUCACCUUUGACUUGGCUUCCAGUAGUCAUUACCACCUUUUACUGCACAAUUCACAAGCGUUUUUCCUGCUGAAUGGGAUUGAGACUUACAUUAAGACAACUUUUCCUUUUAUCCCCAACUUUUGCCAGAAAGCAGAAAAAUGCUCUAUUUUUAUAAAGAUUAAAUUAUCUGGUGAUAUUUUUAAAAAUAUCAACCUAUAUGCACUUUAGAAUGUAAAAUAACAGUGAGUAUUUUAAACUCGAAGACCCACUAUUUUGAGUAUUUUUUAUAGACUGAGUUUUUCCAUGUAAAUACUGGGUUUUUUCCCCCCUCAAUUUCAGGCUUUUCUCCAUCUUUUAAGCAGCCUCUACAACUCCCUUUUGUCCAUAGGUGUUGCGUGCCUCUCAUUGUGGGGGAGUAUUAUUUAACUCCCUUUUGUCCAUAGGUGUUGCGUGCCUCUCAUUGUGGGGGAGUAUUAUUUAAUAAAAUUUAUGUUACAGGAUAACUUUUAGUGGGCAAGGGCUUGUCUAUACACAAAGGUAUGUAUAUUUUCAUUGUAAAAAAACAAUUUACAAUUUUUUCUUAUUUUAAUUGUUGGAAAUUUUUCUAGAGCCAAAGCAGCUCUUUAAAGAAGUUGUUUCUUCCAAAGAACAAAGCCAGGUUAAUGACAUUCAAUUCUAAAUGACACAUUGGAAUUGUGCCUUUUCUACCACACUGGAUUAAAUAAACUUGUCAAAAUA